AUGACACGCUUCAUCGAUAACUUCCCAUCCGUCGUCGGGUCGUCCAGCGCAACCGGCUGGUUGACGUCCAUCCUACAGCUCGGGGGUAUCCUUGGCUCCGUUACCGCUGGUGUCUUUGGCGAGGUUUACUCCCGCAAGUACACCAUGUUCUCGGCUUGCCUCUGGGUCAUCCUUGGAAGCUAUCUGUACACGGGAGCGAGCUACCACAAGCCGGAGCUUCUUUACGCCGGCCGGUUCUUCACCGGGCUCGGUGUCGGCACCUUCAGCGGUGUUGGCCCUCUAUACAACGCCGAACUCGCCGCGCCCGAGAUGCGCGGCUUCAUUGUCUCCUUUUACCAAUUCGCGACCAUUCUGGGUAUCAUGCUAAGCUUCUGGAUCGGCUACGGCAGCAACUACAUCGGCGGCAUCGGCGAGGGCCAGUCGGAGCUCGCAUGGAGGCUUCCAUCAUACAUCCAGGGUGUGCCGGCCGUCCUCCUCGCGCUCGGUAUCUGGUGGUUGCCCUUCUCGCCCCGCUGGCUUGUGAAGCAAGGCCGUGACGAGGAGGCCGUCAAGACCAUCGCCUACCUCCGCAAACUUCCUGAGGACAGCGACCUCGUCCAGGUCGAGUUCAAGGAGAUCAAGGCCGAGGCCCUCUUCGAGCAGCGUGCGUUCCAAAAGGCGUUCCCCCAGCUGGCCGAGAAGGAGAAGACCAGCGUCUGGAUGCGCGAAGUGGCACAGUAUUGGCGCAUUGUCCGCGAAUGGGCCCAUUUUAAGCGAGUUGCAACCGCUUGGUUAAUAAUGUUCUGGCAACAAUGGAGCGGCAUCGAUGCUAUUAUAUACUAUGCGAGUAACGUGUUCCAGAGCCUCGGUCUCACCGGCGGAACGACUGCUCUUCUCGCUACCGGCGUCACUGGAGUCGUUUUCUUCAUCAGCACUUUGCCCGCCAUGGCUUUCAUCGACAAGGUUGGCCGCAAGCCCAUUCUGAUUGUGGGUUCUCUGGUUAUGCUGGUUUCCAUGGUCAUUCCUGGAAUCAUUGUGGCCAAGUUUAGCCACGACUGGCCGGGCCAUCCUGUUGAGGGUUGGGUCGCUGUUGCGUUCAUCUGGGUCUACAUUGGGGCAUUCGGUGCUUCGUGGGGUCCGGUUUCUUGGACGUUGAUCUCCGAGAUUUUCCCCCUUUCCAUCCGUGCCAAGGGUGCUUCUAUCGGCGCAUCCAGCAACUGGCUUAACAACUUCGCCGUCGCCUUCUACGUGCCCUCGAUGCUCAAGAACUGGGAGUGGGGUACUUACAUCUUCUUCGCCGUGUUCCUCGCCGCCAGCAUCGUGUGGGUUCACUUUUGCCUUCCCGAGACCAAGGGCGCCACCCUCGAGGAGAUGGACCGCGUGUUUGGCAGCAACACGGGCGCCGAGGACGGCAUCCUGCUGGCGCAGGCGAGACGGGAUGUUGGCCUGACGGAGGACCUGGAGGAUAGCGCCAUUCACGCCGAGAAGAAGGGUCUCAGCGAGACACACCAUGAGUCUGCCUAA